AGUAUCUUUAAGCAAACAAAUAAAUAAGGAGGUAUUCCGUAGGCGAUGAGGAGAACAUCGUACUGAGAUGCACAUCAGUGACAGCCAUGCCCGACAGCUGGGAUGAGCUCCAGGAUAGAACAGUUUUACCAACAGUAAUCCAUGGGAAUAAAGCCUCCCCUGAGACCGCCAGUCCCAUCCUCAGCUCCUGCUCCGCAGCUCUCUGUGCUGACCACCUGAAAUACAGGCUCCAUGUCAGACCCGGUUUGGAGCACGAAUCUGAACACGCAGGACGUUUCUUCUCUCCGUGGUCAUGAGUGGAAGCAAUGGGCAAACUGACACCCACACCUAUCAGUCUUUAGCUGAGGAUUGCCCCUUUGGCUCUGUGGAGCAACCCAAGAGAUCCACGGGGCGACUCGUCAUGCACAGCAUGGCCAUGUUUGGCCGAGAGUUUUGCUAUGCAGUGGAGGCAGCUUAUGUGACUCCAGUUCUGCUCAGCGUGGGCCUGCCUAAGAGUUUGUACAGCAUGGUGUGGCUUCUCAGCCCCAUCUUGGGAUUCCUGCUACAGCCUGUGGUGGGAUCAGCCAGUGAUCACUGCAGGGCCAGGUUGGGUCGACGGAGACCUUACAUCCUGACUCUGGGCAUCAUGAUGCUCUUGGGAAUGGCUCUGUACCUCAAUGGAGAUGCCGUUGUAUCAGCUUUGGUUGCUAACCCGAGGCAGAAGCUGGUUUGGGCCAUAAGCAUCACCAUGGUAGGCGUGGUUCUCUUCGAUUUUUCCGCUGACUUCAUUGAUGGGCCCAUCAAAGCCUACUUAUUUGAUGUCUGCUCUCACCAGGACAAGGAGAAGGGCCUCCACUACCACGCCCUCUUCACAGGUUUUGGAGGUGCCCUUGGCUACCUUUUGGGUGCCAUAGACUGGGUGCAUCUAGAACUGGGAAGGCUGCUGGGCACCGAAUUCCAGGUCAUGUUCUUCUUCUCUGCCCUGGUUCUCACCUUGUGCUUCAUCACACACCUGUGCAGUAUCCCUGAAGCCCCACUCAGAGAUGAUGCAACAGACCCUCCCUCACAGCAAGACCCUCACAUCUCAUCACUGUCAGCAGAUGGGAUGCAUGACUAUGGUUCUAUUGAGAAGGUUAAAAAUGAAGGUGCAGACACAGAGCUGCCAGUGCAGGAAAGGAAAAAGAAAAAACUUCCUGGACAGAGGCAGAGGACAAUGUCGAUGAAGUCACUUCUUCGGGCAUUAGUGAACAUGCCUUCCCAUUAUCGAUGCCUUUGCAUCAGCCACCUCAUUGGAUGGACUGCCUUCCUGUCAAACAUGCUUUUCUUCACAGAUUUCAUGGGACAGAUCGUAUACCAUGGGGAUCCCUACGGUGCACACAACUCCACAGAGUUUCUCAUCUAUGAAAGGGGAGUUGAGGUUGGAUGUUGGGGCUUGUGCAUCAACUCUGUGUUUUCUUCAGUUUAUUCAUACUUUCAGAAAGCUAUGGUCUCCUACAUUGGAUUAAAGGGCCUUUAUUUCAUGGGAUAUUUGCUCUUUGGCCUGGGAACAGGAUUCAUAGGACUCUUUCCAAAUGUGUACUCUACCCUGGUCCUCUGUUCUAUGUUUGGUGUAAUGUCCAGCACAUUGUACACCGUGCCCUUUAACCUCAUUGCUGAGUACCACCGUGAGGAGGAGAAAGAGAAGCAGCAGGAAGUCGCAGGAGGCCCUGACAACCACGGGCGAGGCAAAGGUGUGGACUGUGCUGCCCUCACCUGCAUGGUACAGCUGGCUCAGAUCUUGGUUGGAGGUGGCCUAGGCUUCCUGGUCAACAUGGCUGGGAGCGUCAUCGUUGUCGUGAUCACGGCCUCUGCUGUGGCACUGAUAGGCUGCUGCUUUGUGGCGCUCUUCGUUAGAUAUGUAGAUUAGGUUCCUAAAGAGACAUGGUCUCAAACCUCAGACAAAAGAAGCCCAUGGCAAGAAACCGCUCUCUCCUUGGACUCUUCAGCGUUGGGGACUGUAAGCCUCAUGUUGGCACUGUGCCUUGCAUGUACAGGUGGGGAAGGUGUGGGAUUGCCUGCUCCCCUGCAGCUUCCUUCCUGCCCCUCAAUGCAGAGAUGGGAGAGUCAAGUUCUGCUUCUCAAGAGAAUUUCAAGCCUUCCUAACAUCUGAGGAGCAAAUGCAUCCUACCUGUAAUGCUUAUAAUGUAAUUUUUAAAAAGCAAUUCGUAUACCAUUGGGAAAUCACACAUUUCCUCAAAUUCAGAAGUACUUAAAAUAUGGCUGUUUCUUUUAUCAUGUUGAUGUAUUCAGAUUUUAUUUGCUCAUAAUUAAUUCCCAUUAAUGUAUGACAUUCUGAACAAGCCUGCGCUGGAGGCCUCCUUCUGAAAGCGUUACAACUUAAAAGUGUUUAUUCAUUUCACCAGUGCAGUAAACAUACUUUCCUUGGG